AUGUCCGACAUCCGUGAAGAACGGCCCGCCGCCCAAGGCGGCGUGGUAUCGAACGAGAAGACCGCUCCCUUCGUCGAAAGCCACCCUGAUGGCGCCGAGUACAAUGGGCACGUCGAGAAGGACUUGAACGUCACCGAGGACGACCUGCUCGAGGCCAAGGAGCUCGCCUCGCAGCUGUCCCUCGAGGAGGUCCGCGAGAUGAUGUUCAACGUCCACAAGAUCCACGAGAAGGACCCCAACUUCCCGCUUGUCAUCAUCGAGAAGAUCGAGGCGUUCCUCGCCAACGACGACGUCUUUGAGAACCCCGAGAAGCACGAGACCCUGAUCCAGGAGAUGAAGCUCGAGGCCGCCCUCAUCACCGGCAACUCUCCCUACGCCGAGGUGCGCGCCGUCGUCGACAACCACGACGACCCUGCCAUGCCCGUCUCCACCAUCCGUGCCUGGGUUAUCGGCCUCAUCUUCUCCGCCCUGCUCGCCUUCGUCAACCAGCUCUUCUCCGUCCGCUACCCCUCCAUCACCAUUCUGGCCAACGUCGCCCAGCUGCUCGCCUACCCUGUCGGCAAGCUCUGGGAGAAGACCCUCCCCGAUGUCGGCUUCACCGUCGCCGGCCAGCGUCUCUCGCUCAACCCCGGCCCCUUCAACCGCAAAGAGCACAUGCUCAUCACCAUCAUGGCCAACGUUGCCUACAACAUUCCGUAUACCAACUACAUCAUCUGGACCCAAUGGCUGCCCAAGUUCUUCAACCAGUCGUACGCCGCCAACUUCGGAUACCAGCUGCUCAUCUCACUCUCAACGAAUUUUAUCGGUUACGGACUUGCUGGCCUCUGCCGUCGUUUCCUUGUCUACCCCUCGUACUGCGUUUGGCCGGCAUCGCUGGUGACCAUUGCCUUGAACUCUGCUUUCCACACGGACAAGAACCCGGCCGUCGACGGCCCAUUCCGUAGCAUGUGGCGCGUCAGCAGGCAGAAGUUCUUCUACCUCGCCUUCGCGUGUAUGUUUGUGUGGUUCUGGUUCCCCAACUACCUCUUCACGGCCCUCAGCGCUUUCAGCUGGAUGACCUGGAUCGCCCCCAACAACCGCAAUCUCGCGACCGUCACGGGCUUCAACAGCGGUCUUGGCCUCAACCCCUUCCCGACCCUGGACUGGAACAUCCUCUUGUACGACAACGCCGACCCGUUGAUGGUUCCCUUCUUCUCGACCUUCAGCAAGUUCCUCGGCACCUUCUUCUCCAUGUUCGUCGUGCUGGCUAUCUGGUACACCAACACUUACAACACGGGAUACCUGCCCAUCAACUCGAACAAGGUCUACGACCACUUCGGAUCCCUCUACAACGUGUCGCGUGCUGUCAACGAGCACGGACUCUUCGACAAGGAGGCGUACGAGGCCUACUCUCCUCCUUUCCUGGGAGCCGCCAACAUCACCAUCUACAUGUUCUUCUUCGCCGUCUACACGGCCACCAUCACCUAUGCCGCACUGUAUCACCGUCAUGAGAUCGUCCUUGGCUUCAAGGCUUUGAUCGGCAGCUUCAAGAAGGAUAGCGACAUUGAGAAGGACCAAGUCCUCGACGUCCACAACCGUCUCAUGAAGGCCUACCCCGAAGUGCCCGAGUGGUGGUACUUGUCUGUCUUGGUCGUGGCCGUUGCCCUUGGCUGUGCCGGCAUCGCUGCCUGGCCCACCUACACCACCGUCGGUGUCGUCUUUUACGGUAUUAUUCUCUGCCUCAUCUUCGUCAUCCCGGUCGGCAUCAUCAAGGCCAUGACCGGUAUCGAGGUCACCCUCAACGUGCUCGCCGAGUUCAUUGGCGGGUCCUGGGUGGAGGGUAACGCGCUGGCCAUGAACUACUUCAAGUCCUUUGGCUAUGUGACCUGCGCGCACGCCGUGUGGUUCUCGAACGACUUGAAGCUCGCACACUAUGUCAAGAUCCCUCCCCGCCACACUUUCUGGGCACAAAUGCUUGCCACAUUCGUCUCCACCUUUGUUUGCUUGGCUGUGAUCAAGUUCCAGAUGUCGCUUCCUGGUAUUUGCACCGAGGAUGCCAAGUUCAAGAUGACCUGCCCCGGUAUCAACACUUUCUUCACCGCUUCGGUCCUCUGGGGCACUGUUGGACCUAAGAAGAUCUGGGGCGCGGGUGGCCAGUACACUGCGACUCUGGUCGGAUUCCCUCUCGGCGUCAUCGUUGUCCUCUUCUUCUGGGGUCUCAACAAGGUCUUCCCCAAGUGGAAAUGGGUCCGCCAGAUCCACCCCGUCGCCAUGAUGUACGGAUGCCUCGUCUGGGCUCCCUACAACAUGUCCUUUGUGUGGCCCUCGGUUCCUAUUGCUUAUUUCUCUUGGGUAUACCUCAAGGGUCGCUUCCUGGGUCUCUGGUCCAAGUACAACUUCGUCCUUUCCGCCGCCUUCUCCUGCGGUAUUGCCAUUUCCGGAAUCGUCAUCUUCUUCGCCCUUCAGUGGCAAGUCGUUGAGCUUGAGUGGUGGGGUAACAGCGUCGUCUCCGAGGGUUGUGAGGGCAAGCCAUGCCGUCUUCUCACCCUCCCCGAGGGCGAGUACUUCGGCCCCCGCAUCGGCGAAUUCCACUAG